UCUUCUUAUCCGCUCUAUCCCGAGCCGGUGGGCGGUGCUGAGACCACUGGAGACACACAGACCGCCAGCUGAUGCUGCUGGACGAGGAAUGCGAUAGGUCAAUCGGGAUGCUUUUUCACAGGGGUGUCAUAUUUUGUAUUUUAGCAGGUGACGAGCCGCUACAGUGUGUCAGAUAACUUGGAAGAAGAACGUGUUUGAGGAAAAAACAGGCCUUCUUUUGUCUGCAGAAGAUCAGUGACACAGAGACAAGACAACAAAAGACAAUUUACUCUCCGGACAACAAGUAGGAGUGGUUUCUUGGGCUUGUCAGACUGAUGCACUGGUCUUAGCUGUUUCCUGUUUAAUGUCUUUUCUGUAAACAUAUUCCGUAAUUGUAUCAGGUGAGGUCUAGGCUGGUGGGAUGACAAUGAGACAAAGCAGCAGCUGCUGAGGCAGGACUAUGCGCAGGGAAGAUCCAGAUCUGCUUAUGAGUGUUUACUCGCUUAAUGCCCGGACAUGACAGCAGCAGAGAGCGGUGAUGCAAUUUGAUGAAAGCUGUCAACAUUGAUUAACGACAGAGGCCUUGCUUGGCGCGUCUGUGAGUGUUUGCAAGGCGGAUAUCACACUGGAAAACACUGACACAUAUUUGAGGCCUGUUUAAAAACAUCGACCUGUUUCUGCCGGUAGAUGCUCUUUUCUCUUGCUCUCUUCCUGUGGAGGCUCUAUCGACAUUUCUCCAUCAUGUUCAGCACAGACAGACUCACAGUCCCAGAGUAUGUUAGCCGGCUGCAGAGAGGCAGGAGCGGCUCCGGCUCGGAACCUAAAGCUGUUUCUCCGGGCAUCAAUGCGGACGUCCAGGCGGUUUUGGGCAGCUCGCUCCCCGCCCUGCGUUGCGCCAUCAGGAGGCUGAAGUCGGCGAAUGAAACGUCUGACUCAGAAGAGACCCGCGGGGCCAUCGCAGAGAUUUUCCAGCUGGUGGAGGAGGCCUGGGUCCUGCCCACUGUAGGCCGUCAGGUGGCCGAGGAGAUCUGUAACAGGAUCCGGCUAGAUGGAGGCCUGGAGCUGCUGCUGCAGCUUCAGCAGAUACCUGCUGUGGAGAUCACCUAUGAGUCUGCAAAACUGCUGGAGCAGAUCCUCAUCUCAGAGAACAGAGACUACAUCGCCCGUCUGGGUCUUGGGGUUAUCCUCAACCUGACUCGACAGCAGGAAGACGCUCAGCUUGCCCGCAGUGUUUCAGGGAUCCUGGAGCACAUGUUCAAACACACAGAGGAGACAUCUGUCCACCUCAUCUCUAACGGGGCCCUGGAUGCACUCCUCUUCUGGUGCAGAGGUACAGACCCCACUGUACUGCGCCACUGUGCUGUGGCUCUAGCAAACUGUGCUAUGUACGGAGGCCACCGCUGCCAGAGAUGGAUGAUCGAGAAACAGGCAGCUGAGUGGCUUUUUCCGUUGGCUUUUUCCAAAGAGGAUGAACUCAUUCGCUUCCACGCAUGUCUGGCUGUUACUGUGUUGGCUGCAAACAAAGAAAUUGAGAAGGAGGUGGUGAAGUCUGGAACCUUGGAGCUGGUGGAGCCAUUCAUUGCGUCCCUGGACCCGGAUGACUUUGCCCGCAACUUAUUGGACAGUACGGACAGCAUGCAGGGUAGGACGGCAUCUGAUCUGCAGCAUCUUCUGCCUUUACUGGAUGGCACAAGACUUGAGGGAAAGUGCAUCGCAGCCUUUUACCUUUGCGUUGAGUCAAGCAUCAAGUCUCGUCAACGCAACACUAAGAUAUUUCAAGAGAUUGGAGCAGUGCAAAGUCUAAAGAGAAUCGUCAUGUACUCCAGCAAUGGCACAGCCUGUUCCCUUGCCAAGCGGGCGCUAAGUCUGAUGGGAGAGGAAGUGCCGAAACGUAUCCUAUCAAGUGUGCCCAAUUGGAAAUCCUGUGAAGUCCAGACAUGGUUGCAGCAGGUUGGCUUUAGUGCCUAUUGUGACCGUUUCCAGGAGCUCCAGGUGGAUGGAGACCUCCUGCUGAAUGUCACAGACCAGGAUCUGAGUGCAGAUCUGGGCAUGACUGCAGGACUCACUCGCAAAAGGUUUUUGAGAGACUUACGAGUGCUGAAGACCUACGCCAACUACUCCACAUGUGACCCAAACAACAUGGCUGACUGGUUAGCUGAUGUUGACCCUCGAUUCCGUCAGUACACCUACGGGCUUGUCCAGUCAGGAGUGGAUCUCAACAAUGUCCAACACCUGACCGAUCAGCAACUUCAGCAUGACUGCUACAUUGUCAACGGAGUCCACAGGGCUAAGAUACUGUCUUUUAGCCGCAAGCCCUCAAAACCGUGUCACACUGAUGCCCAGCCAACAGGGCCUGAUGUUUUUAUCAGCUACCGUCGGACUACGGGCUCCCAGUUGGCAAGUCUUCUGAAGGUGCACCUACAGGUCCGAGGAUACAGUGUCUUCAUUGAUGUAGAAAAGCUAGCGGCUGGUAAAUUCGAGGACAAACUGAUUCAGAGUGUACAGAGGGCAAAAAACUUCAUCCUGGUCCUGUCCGCCAAUGCGCUCGACAAGUGCAUGGGUGACACUGCCAUGAAAGACUGGGUGCACAAGGAGAUAGUCACAGCCCUGGCUGGGAAGAAGAACAUAGUACCUGUUACAGACAAUUUUAUGUGGCCUGACCCCAUGUCUCUGCCAGAGGACAUGAGGGCAAUACUCAACUUCAAUGGCAUCAAAUGGUCCCAUGAAUACCAAGAGGCCACUAUCGAGAAGAUCUUACGCUUUCUGAAAGGACAACAAGACCAAAUGGAUGCAAAAGAUGCCUCCAAAGGGCAAAAAAAAGAAACAAAGUGAUGUAAACAGUUUGAUUUCAGUUUUAAUAACUUCCAAUGAUGCCAAAUUUCAACAUCGUCAAUUGUGAGCUGGCUGGCAGCUGAUUCCACUCGGCCCAAAUGCAUGUGAAUAAGAUUACAUGCUCACGAACAAAAGACGUGACAUCCUGCAAAACAAAAACUGAAACAAGGAUUCCAGAUUGUAUAUAAGAAACUGUGCGCCUUUAACGAUAGUGCCCUCACACUGCUGUAUAUGUGCAAUCAGGUACAGUGUACGCCUUUUGUAUCUCAGGAAUAUAACUGUGAUAGAUCAGCCUUCAUUGGCACCCAGCAAUUAAUCAAACAAACAGCAAUUUCUACUAACACAUUAGUCUGAAUAAAACUAUAAACACUCAUCAUUGUUUAACCCACACACUGAACAUUGUCAGAGCCAAAGUAGGUCUCUGAGUUACUGAUAUUUAUGUUUUGUUAAUGUGUCAGAAAUAUGAGAAGAAACCUUUUUGUGAUUAUGGAUGAUGGUAGUCCAAAAGUGGGCGUAACUCAAAGAUGAAGGCAUGAAGUAUUGUACAGAAAUAAAGGAGCUACAUAAUGUAUAACUGCAACCCUAAUUUAAGGAAAUAUUGAUAAAAGGGAUGCACGUUUCACUGCAGUAUUAAACAUUUCCUUCCCUUUGUAAAAAUGGGUAAAAUGCAGUGAAAGAGCGGCCAUUAUUCAAACAUUAUUCUAUUUUGAACACUGUUGUUGUCGUCAGUUACAAAGUAGUGUAACUCACUCAGCUUAAUUACAAUAAACAAGGGGUUUAAUCAACACAGAUUAGUCUGUGUUCAAUGCAAAAUCUGCUUUGUUAAUGAAAAUUCACCCUUGAGCCCCUGCUGUGCUAAAAAGAAGCGGGGAAAUGGAAACAAUAAAAUCGAGCAAUAUAGAGCACUGAGGCUUUUGCAAAUAUAGAGAACAAAUUGCAAAACAUAUAUAAACACCUGUUCAGACAAAGAUCGAUACAAAUAUACGUCAAUGUUGCUUGAAUACAUUAGUGAUGAAAUCUGUAUUUAGUCUUGCAAAAUAACCAAAUCAAGCAUCAACGUGUUUGUCAUUUAAUGUUUGUUCAGUUAUUCCACAAAAGGCUGAACGCAACUGCUGUUCGACUGUCAUUUUUUUGAUCUAGUCUUCUAAGUGUUUUUUGUCCAUUAUAAGUUAUUGUAUUAUAAUAAACAUUGUCCCUGUAAAAUAAAACUUUUUUUUCCAAGUAGUAAA